AUGAAGCUUUUUGUUCCGAUCGGAACCGCUGUUGCUUGGCACAGUACUUAUCAAGAUGUCGAGCUUGGAUCAGAGUCUGCAAAAUGCCAGCCUGACCCAGAUCGAGAUUCGAUCACUUCUGGCGAGUUCCCUAAAGGCUUCAAAUGGUCCUUCGCAACUGCUGCCUACCAGAUUGAAGGAGCUUACGAUAAGGAUGGAAAGGGUCAAAAUAUUUGGGACAAGUUUUCAAACGAAAACAAUCCAUGCCACGUCGAGGACUGUCAAAAUGGAAAUGAUGCAUGCAAGAGCUAUAUGAACAUGGAUCGGGAUGUCGGGAAUAUGGCGAAACUCGGGAUUGAAAACUACCGAUUUUCAUUUUCCUGGGCUCGAUUGUGCCCAAAAGGAAAAUGUGGCGUCACAGGAGAGCACAGUGCCGCUGGAAUCAAACAUUACCAUGAUUUUCUGGAUAAGUUGCAGGCUGCGAAUAUCGAGCCAUUCGUCACUCUCUACCACUGGGACCUUCCCCAAGCACUGCAAGACGAGUACGGUGGUUGGGCGAAUGAAACCGUCGUCGAUGAUUUCGGAGAUUACGCGCGAUUCGUCUUUCAAGAAUACGGCGACAAGGUUAAAAACUGGAUAACGCUGAACGAGUCCGAAGUCGUCUGCGAUCUCGGCUACGGAGCUGGUUUCUUUGCACCGGGUCUGACCGGUUGGGGACCCCAAUUUCACUGUAGACAUCAUACAGUCCUCGCGCACGUGAAAGCUUAUCAUAUUUAUGAUUCUGAAUUUCGAGCAAGACAAGGCGGUAGAAUUGGAAUCACGAUGAAUACCAACUGGUACGAGCCAAAUUCAGACUUGCAAGCUGACAAAGACGCUAGCCAGCGAUGGAUGGACGAUCAGCUUGGCUUCUGGGCCGAUCCGAUCUACCGCACUGGAGAUUAUCCUCCAUCGGUUUUGGCGCGCAUCCCUGACUGGGCCCUUCCACGAAUGACGGACGAGCAGAAGAAGCUAAAUCUCGGAACAGCUGACUUUUUCGGACUCAAUCAUUACACCACUUCUUUGGUCAAAGACUGCGACAACAACGGGAACAACUGCGGUAGCUCCUGGACCGGACUUGGUUGCUCCGAAUGGCCCCAAGCUGGGUCUGGCUGGCUCUUCAGCGUCCCUUGGGGAUUCCGUCGCAUUCUUUCUUACAUUGACCAAACUUAUGACUCGAAUAAGUACCCAAUUUUCGUCACUGAAAAUGGCAUCUCUUCCCGUGGAAAUGGAACUGAUUUGAACCCAGAGCUGGAUGACGCUUGGAGAAUUCACCACUACACAAAUUACAUCGGUCAAAUGAAACGAGCGAUUGAAGAGGACAAGGUCAACGUUCAAGUCUACACGGCGUGGUCACUGAUGGACAAUUUCGAGUGGACAACCGGCUAUCACGAGCGAUUCGGACUCAUGUGGACUAAUUUUACGUCUGACGAACGCCAUACGUACUUCAAAGACUCGGCAAGAUUCUUUGGCAGAACAGCGAUGACCAACUGCUUGAGCGUGGAAGGAGAUACCUCUACCUGUCCCAAAGCGUUUUUGAACCUUGAAUAA